CCGCGCCGUAAAAUCACCGUUGGUUGCGCAAGCGGCGCUCAUUGGCUGCGAUGCCGGCCUCAUGAGCCUAGCUACGGCUCCACCAAGGAAAUCGUUGUCCAUUGUCGUCACCGUCAACCUCCAAGCGCCGCCAACCUCUUCUCCUCCACGGCGCUGCUCAGAGUGCUUCACGAGGACCGUCGCAGCGUUUGCAGAGGCCCCGAGGCGCCUCGAUUGACCCGUGACCCGUCUCUCACCGUCUUCGGUCUUCGCUCCCGCAGCUUCGCCCCGACGCCCGUCCGCUUUCCCGCAUCGCACAUCGAUCCGACGGCGACACCCUUGCCGAUUCUCCCCUCACACUCCUCACUUAACAACUUGCCCUAUGGCUCUGGACAGCGGCAUCUGUGCAGCGCUUCCGUUUUGUCAGGGUCGCUGAUGCCCGAGGCCACGGCUCUCCUGCUGCACGAAGCAUUCACCCUCGACCAUGGCCCCGUUCGCGCGUCCCUCGGUAGGAUUCGCGACCAUCCUUGCGGCUCGGAUUCCGAACCGGACCUCUCAACUUUGUGCGGCCUCUAGUUCUCUCAACGCCCGUUUGGGCCGACCCAAUGCCAGUCUCUGUGCGAUCCGCCGGUUGCAAACCGUCUCAAAAGCGAGCCUGCUCCCGCCAUCCGCGAUAACCCGUGCGACACUCACAGACUCGUCUGUUGGGCCAUCUUCGUCACGAAGCCGCAAACGACCGCUCUGUCUGACCAACAGGCUCACCCCGCGAUGCAUCGCGGUGCACACGCGGCGGAAUUUCCACACCUAUUUCGUCACCCAUCUUCCGUCAUCUUCCGUCCACCCCGAUUCUCGUCUAUCGCGAGGCCCCGGCCACAAGUUGCCGCGCGAUGCCUCGACCCCUCACACUCCGAGUCCCGGGUCCGCUCCCGCCGUCGCCCCACCCUAUAUUCCGUCCACUCGAGACCUGACCGUUGUGCGCAUUCCCAUGCGCCGCGCCAAGCACCACCUUGGCGUUGCAACAGAUCGAGGAAGGCGUCCAUACAAUGAGGACAGGGACCAGGCCGGCACAAUCAGCCUCCCGGCCUUCGCCAAGAGAGCUCCCCGGAGUGUGCAGCAGAAGCCCGGAGAGGCCACCCCUGCGGACAGCGCCCUGGGGGACCCCCAGGUCUUCUACUUUGGCGUCUUUGAUGGCCAUGGAGGAACACAGUGUGCUGAAUUUAUCCGGGAGGAGCUGCCUGGCUAUAUUGAGAAUGCCUCAAAGGAAUUUGGUCUCCAAAGCAGCUUGCGCAAGACGAAACCUGGCCGAGAGCACUCCCAAUACCGAUCACCACCCAAGGCCCCAUCUACAAAGGACACCCCCGAACCCGUGCAAAUGAAGGGCCCCGAGGAGGUAAAGAAAUCCAUGCCACCGACGAAUCCUAGCGCCAUCGUAGAGAAGCCAGUCCACGGAGAACCAAUCCACAGCGCAGUCUCACCACCCGCCGAGGUCACGGAUCACGCGAAAGCGAUCCAGCUCGAGAAGGACUUGGUCAAGGAGUAUAAAGACACCAUUGGCGGCUACUUUAGGCGCUUCUACCCUGAGCACUUCGUCCUGUCGAAAGACGGUCCCAAAGAAGACGGCGACAUCACGAUCGAAUCCGUCCUUACCUAUGCCUUCCUGCGUGCCGACCUUGAUUUUGUGUCGGCCCAGGCCCAAAAGGUAGACCCCGACGACUCCCGGGUGAGCGAUAUCCCGCUGAACAACGACGAGAUCCUAGGUGUUCCCCACGCGACACCCUCGGGACAUGGAAUCGGCGGCAACACGCGCUUCAAGGGCGGCUCGACAGCGUCCAUCGCCCUCAUCUCCACGCCGACCGCCGCGCCCUUCUGGCACCCGGCCGCGCAAUCCACCCUCCUCUGCGCCCACGUCGGCGAUAGUCGCAUCCUCCUUUGUGACACGGCCACCGGCCUCGCACAGCCGCUCACGUCGGACCACCACCCGAGUAAUCCCACCGAGACGCGCCGUCUCCGCCGAUACGCCCCCGCCGGGUCCAUGGUGUCGGGCGACAGCUUCGGCGAGGAGCGCAUAGCCGGCCUCGCCAACAGCCGCGCCUUUGGCGACAUGAAGAGCAAGCGCAUCGGCGUCUCCGCCGAACCCGAAAUCACCCGCGUUGAAAUGGGCCCGGCCCAGUACUCGUUCCUUGUCCUCAUGUCCGACGGCAUUUCCGGCACCCUCAGCGACCAGGAGAUCGUCGACGUCGUCAAGGAGGCCCGAACCCCGGAGGAGGGCGCCCGCAGCGUCGUUGCUUAUGCCACCGAGGUCUCUUCCGACGGCGACAACGCGACGUGCCAAGUCGUCCGCCUCGGUGGCUGGGAGCGCCGCUCUGAAGGCGGCCUCGGCAGUUUGGGCACCAAGGAACUUCGCGAUAUGCGUAGAACCGAGUCGUUGGAUCCCAGACGUGGGAAGCAGUGAUGGGAUGGCCAUCGCCGCAGCAGAAGCAGUUGAAAGACGCCGAACCCCCCCCAAAAAAAAACAAAAAAAAAACAAACACAACUAUAUCCUUUCUAGAUCGGGCAUUGGGUCUCCUCUGGACAACAAACCCGGGGAUUCCCACACGAGCGUAUAGCGUGUGUCGUAUAUUCUAGCAUUUUCUUUUAUUUGCCUAUACUUGUCUGUACAGCAUGGGAUCGGGAGUUAGGAGCGAAAACCACAGCGUGCGGCUCAGGAGAGGGUCGAUAGCUUUCAGAGAAACAUAUCUGCCUGUUCAGAUUUUGGAGAGCCAUUCACCGGGUUGAGCUUGUGACAUUUUAUCAUGUACGAGGUGUGACUUAUUGGUUUUCAUAGACAAACUUGACAAUUGAAUACCCU